GCAUGUUGUAAGAGUUUAAAGGUAAAAAGGCUGAGCCAGAGGCAAAAACACAUCGAGUCCUACUUUGGGAAGAUAAGGAAAGCAGAAGGCAGGCUCUUGUCCUUGGCUUUUAACAGUCUAACAGGGUCCCCUCCUGAUCCAUACUGCUCCCCAGUGUUCUCUGGUUCCUGUAUUCAGGUUCAGUCAUGGCUGGAUUCAGCUGCCUUGUAACAGGAGCAGGAGGAUUUUUGGGCCAGAGGAUCGUCCGCUUGUUGUUGGAGGAGAAGGAGCUGCAGGAAAUACGUGCCCUAGACAAAGUCUUCAGUCCGGAAUUGCAGGAGGAAUUUUCUAAGCCCCAGAGCAGGAUCAAGCUAACCCUGCUGCAAGGAGACAUUCUGGAUGAGCAGUGCCUGAAGAGAGCCUGCCAGGGCAUCUCGGCUGUCAUUCACACCGCCUCUAUCAUUGAUGUCACAAGUGCCGCUCACCGAGAGACUCUGAUGAAUGUCAAUCUGAAAGGUACCCAGCUCCUACUGGAGGCCUGUACCCAGGCAAGUGUGCCAAUCUUCAUCUACACCAGCACCAUAGAGGUGGCAGGGCCUAACUCCUACAAGGAGGUCAUCCAGAAUGGCCAUGAAGAACAGGAUCUCGAAACAACAUGGAACAGUCCAUACCCAUAUAGCAAAAAGCUUGCUGAGAAGGCUGUGCUAGCUGCUAAUGGGUGGGCUCUUCAAAAUGGUGGCACCCUGUACACUUGUGCCUUAAGGCCUAUGUAUACAUUUGGGGAAGGAAGCCAAUUCCUUUAUUACCAUGUGACCAAGGCCCUGAAGAACAAUGGCAUCCUGUCACACGAGAACAAGCUCUCCAUCGCCAACCCAGUCUAUGUUGGCAAUAUAGCCUGGGCCCACAUUCUGGCCCUGAGGACCCUGCAGGACCCUAAGAAGGCGCCUGGCAUUGGAGGACAGUUCUACUAUAUCUCAGAUGACACACCUCAUCAAAGUUAUGAUGACCUCAAUUACAAUUUGUGCCGAGAAUGGGGCUUCUCCCUUGAUUCCAGAAUGAGCCUUCCUUUAUCUCUGAAGUACUGGCUUGCCUUCCUGCUGGAAAUGGUGAGCUUCCUGCUCAGACCAAUUUAUAGAUAUAACCCCUCCCUCAACCGCCACUUAGUGACAUUAUCAAAUAGUGUGUUUACCUUCUCCUAUAAGAAAGCCCAGCGAGAUCUGGGGUAUAAGCCCCUCUUUAGCUGGGAGGAAGCCAAGAAGAAAACCACAGAGUGGAUUGGCUUCCUGGUGAAACAGCACAAGGAGACCCUGAAAGAAAAGGCUCACUGAUCUGGGGUGAAAAAGAUGUGGAAGUGUGUGCCCUUGGGGGACUCCUGUCAAGCUCUACCCUUCUGGCUUCAUACAGAAAGUAACACAGCCCCGAGCCCAAGCCCUUCAGCCUCCCUUUCACAAGAUGACAUCUUACUCUUUUCUUCCUGCUACCAGUAAACCUUCCCCAUCACCAGCAAUCAGAAGCUCUGCACCCUGCGCACCCCCAGAGGGCAGACAAGGCGAUUUGCUGUGGCUGCUGGAACCCCAGUCUCAGUGGCUGCUUCCAAGCUAGCAGGCCUCUUUUAACUUACAGCUUUGCCUGUUAGCUUCCAUUUCCUUUGCUAAAUGCAAAAGCAUUUUUCGUCUUUUAAAACUUCCUACUUCUUCCUACAGCUUAAUGAAAAUAGUAAUAAAUGCUUGAAUGCCUA